GCCUAAUUCGUAAACAACUUAGUACGAGACCGAUUAGCAUAAACAAAAUGGCAUCUCAAGCCGAAAAUGAUUGUUUAUCUAAUCCAAAUUUCGCUGUUAUUUGUUCUUUUAUGGAUAGAUAUGGCGAAACACUAGGUUUACCCGAAAUUGGUUACAAAGACCUUCAAGAAUGGAUCGAAGACGGAAAAAAAGUGAAUCCUUUACUGAUAGAUCUCCAUGUAAGGCUGUUGAGAAGAAUUCACAAAAAAUUGUCAAAUGUUACUGCAGACAGAUGGGAGAGAGGAGUUGUCAAGUUUUGCUACAAAUAUUCAAAUGUAGAUGCAUGGGAGAUAGAAAGGUUUGGAUACAAGUUGGCAAAAAUCUCUACCAAGCUGAAACUUUUGAAGAACUUGAUGGAAUCUCAGUUUGAUUGUAACAAUAAAUUUAAAGACAAAGUAAAUGAGAUCCCUGUAGAAGAGAUGAGAUUUCAACCUGUCGGGAGAGACAAAGAUGGCAUGGCAUACUGGUACCUUCUUGAUAAAGAGUUGAACCUUCGUGUUUAUAGAGAGCAUCAAGAUGAUGUUGACUCGGAGUCCUGGGAACUUGUCUGCAGAAACAGAGAAGAUCUUGCAAAAUUUGGUAAACUGGUCUGAAACUGGUACAGGCAUGAAAUUAGAUAAACAGGAGUCUUCUGACCAAUCAG